AUGACACCACACUCGCUCUUCCAAGUUUACCGGUAGUUGCUAUUCAGACAACGUAUUACUUACACUUUUACGCAACCUUUAAAAACCGCCUGUAAAAUGUAGAGCUGCAAAGCUUGCAGACUAGCAAAUAGCGAUGUCAUUCAUAAUUAGGCACCUACAUAAUUUUCCAGCGUGAGGAAAGGAAAAUAGACAUACAAAACAUGUAACUAGAACUGUAUUAAUAAUGAAAAAGUCCAAAACUUCAGUAACAAAGGAACAGGCAUAGGUUUAUGCAGAAAAGGUGGGGGAAAGGCCAUGUAAAUCUUUCUUCGAAAUAAAUAAACACUUGUGAGCAACAGCUGAGAUAGCUAUCUCUCUAGCUGUUAUGAAACAGCAGCUAGAAACAUAUGUGGUCUUGUACAAACUUGUUGAUCACUUUCUAAGAAACAGUCACCUGCCCUUGCCGAUUUCAACAGAGACACAAAACAACCUCAUCUCACUGCCUCCCUGAUCUAUGUUUGUGUGCCAUAAUCCAAACGGUUUACAAUUUUUACUCACUCUGUCCUGUCUUGCAUGAGCAAAUCUCCUUUUCCACCUCAGACUCAGCCCCACCUACAAUACUAAUGGGAGUGGAAUUGAUUUUCAGAGUUGCCUCGUUGUCACUUUACAGUAUGAAAGACAUUAUACACAACUGGUAGUGGUGCUGCUGCUAUUACAACGGAACUGGAAAUGCAGUAUGUCUCACAAAAGCCUAGUCUCUUCUUCAUGCACACAUGCAGAUUACAUCGCAUGCAACAGGACUGGGGAACUUGUAGCCUUCCAAAUAUCAUUGGUCAGGGAUGAUGGGAGCUGUAGUCCAAAAGCAUCUAGCGGCCAAACAGCCACCACACACGUGUCUUCCCUCUCUCCCCCUGAAUACAAAAUACUGGGGACAAACCCCCAGGCUAGCAAUUAAUUUCUCCCCACCAACGUCCGACACUGAGAUCACGAGUUCUCCCCGAAAAUCACAACCCAUCCCCAUGAAACCUCUCUUUCAGUUAGUUUAUCUCUCACACACGUGUCUGCUUUAUACACACGUAUGCUCAGCCCUCCCUGCUACUGUGCGUCCCAGACUCCUAAUAGAUCCGUUUCACAAACUUCAACCACUUCCCGCACCUUUUCCUUCCACACCGGUCACAUUCCUCCAUCCCAACGCAACCACUCCAUUCUUUUUGUAUUUAUGUUUUCUCAGCGGCCGAACCCCUUUGCUCCUUUCCCCCUCCCUCCAGCCAAUAAAAGUGUCCCAUUGCUCCAACAACUACCAAUCAACACUCCUACCGCACUCCCACCCGCUAUCAGACAAUAAGUACCUCCCGCCUCCUCUUCUUUUUCCAACCAAUCACUGCCACAGCCUUCACCUCCCAAGAAACCAAUGGGCGGAAUCCUACACGGAAUCCCGCCCAACGACCUGAAGUUUCGCGACGCGCUCUAAAUCUCGCCUCUCUUCUCCCACCGUAGCCAAUGAGGGAUACGCAAACGUCUUUCUUCCAACCAAUGGCGUUGCUUCCUCCUCCCCACCCCCCCACGCGCCUGCCCUCCGCUGUCAACCAUUUAGCGCUCUCUCUCGCUUCCUGCUUUCCACGCCCCCGCUCUGACUCCGCCCCCUUUUGCUCUCGCUUUCGGAGAAUUGACUGAGGGAGGGUGCGCGUGCCGGCUUGUUUUUUUUUUCCAGGUCACGCUGCGAUCACGUGAUAGGAAGUAGUGUCCUGUCCGAAGUGGCGGUUACUUCCGUCUAUUUUUCUCCCUGCCCCCCAUCCCUUGUUCCUGUUGCUGAGGGGAGGCUGAGGCCUUUGGGCAGGCAGUGGCCCAUCAGGUAAACGUCUAGCGAUGGGGGAAGGCCGGCCUUGCAGUGUAGGAUGAGGAGCUCGUAGGGAAAGAAGAAAGACAGGCUCGUGAAAAUUGGGGCAUUUUUAUAUAUCUAUAUAUAGAUAUACAUAUAGAUAUAUAUUAUUGUUAGGAUGAAAAUUAAUACUUUGAAUUUUGGUGUGUUCAAAACGGUUCACAUGCAUUAGGUCAGGAAUCCUUAACAACAGCCCUGUAAGGUAGGUCAGUAUUAAUCGUCCUCAUGUUGUAGUUUUGGGUCUUUUAAGAUGUGUGUAUUCAUGGUGGCUUACUUCUGCUGUGGCCCUGAGGUGAAAUUUCUUCUGGGGGCUUCUUGAGUCUCAUAGCUGCAACGUUAUUAACCUACAUGCUGCUGUUGUCAUAAUAAUAAAAAUUAUGAUAAAUAAAAACCAUAUUGUUGCAGGUUUGGGUCUAUUGCAACAAAUAAUGCUGCCUUAGAAGAUUAACCUUGUUUAUUGUGGGUUGAGAUUUCCCAGGCUACAUCCCCAAUUCAUCAGGUGAUUAAAGUGUUGCGCGUUGUUGACAGCUACAGGUGCAUGGCAGUACAAGGGAAAUAAAUAGUGGGGUCAAAUUUGCAGAGAUGGGGAACUGAGGCUUGGCAUAAUGAAGUUCAUGAUGGAUCUAAGAUUUGGACGGAGGACUUGCUGAUUCAUAGUUCUAUGUCUUACUUUGUAGAUGUUGCCAUGGUGGUGGGAAUGGCAAAAACAAAAGAGAGAAGAAGCUAGAUGUUGCCUAAAAUGAAGGACUGUCACUAAAUAGUAUUUCUAAUAAAAAAUAGUUAUAAUUAUAGUGCUCAUAAUUUAGUCAUCCUUGCAUCAAUCCUGUAAGGUUGCAACUUUUGGAACACUUGCCAUUUUAGGCUGUUGCAGCAAAAACAGGCUUUUGCUACCUAGAAGAUUUAUCAGAAUUAUUGUAGUGUAAGUUCCUGUUGAGUAGAGCAGUUCGCCUAAGGCCUCCUAAUGGCUAUGAUUGUAUAUGGGACUUUCAGUCACCAUGUAGCACUUGUAAUGUGUAUAAGCACCUACUUUAUAGUUCUUCUUAUUCACAUAAAGACUUCCAGGUCAGACAGUAGAACUAUUAUGUAGGCUUGAGCCUGACCACAUGUGAUUUUAAGGUGGAAAGAACGAAAAGAAAUUGAAAGAAUCUUUUAAUGCAUGUGUUUGGCAAUGAAAGGAUAAGAGGAAGAGAAAUUUUAGUAGACUGGGGAAAGGAGAAGUGCUUAUUUUCCUUAAAAAGUACAGGAGACAGGAAUGUCCCCAGAGAUCAUCUGAUGAGUAACAGUCAAAGCAUGCAAAAAUGGCUUGGCACGUGUCAAGGAAUUAGCAGAUGUAAAGCAAGUAGCACAAGUGGCAUCUGCCAUAAGAACUCAGUAAGGUAGAUCAAUAUUGUUACCACUAUAUUGCAAAUGGGAGCUCAGGCUAAGAAAAAUAGAUCGCCUUGGAUCAAUUAAGUGAGUUUGUGGCAGAGUUGAGAUUCUGCUGAGGGGGGGUGAGAGGCUUCCUGGAUCAUUGCUUAGUGCAUGGAUAGGCAAACUAAGACUCAGGGGCCGGAUACGGCCCAAUCGCCUUCUAAAUCUGGCCCGCGGACGGUCCGGGAAUCAGCAUGUUUUUACAUGAGUGGAAUGUGUCCUUUUGUUUAAAAUGCAUCUCUGGGUUAUUUGUGGGGCAUAGGAACCCGUUCUCUUUUCCCCCCUUCAAAAUAUAGUCUGGUCCCCCUCCCCAAGGUCUGAGGGACAGAGGACUGGCCCCCUGCUGAAAAGGUUUGCUGACCCCUGGUUUAGUGUCUCAACCAACAUGCUACAUUAUUAAAUGUAUCUUUCCUCCAAAGAGGUCUCCAUCCCUUCAUAUUAUCCUCACAUCUCUGUGAGGUAGGUUAGGCUGAGAAUUGAUGACUGGCCCAAGAUCACCCAGUGGGUUUUAUGGCUUAGUGAAGAUUUGAACCCUGGUCUCCCAGGUCCCAGUAUGACACACUAACUUACGUGAUAGCAUGCCUGUGUGGGGCGAGUGCUGCUUCCUUGUGUAGGAGAGGUCAGGUUUCAAAGACUUUCCCUUCUUCCUAGCAGAACAAGGUAAAUCUAAAAAAGGAGUCAGAAGUGUGGGGGCAGGGAUACUAUUUCUGACAAAGUCAAUCUGUGUUUUUCUUGCCUACCCUAAAUUACCACCAUGCCUGUUUCCCAGCUUGUUCUCCCUCUCUCAGCAUCAUUUUUGUCUCAUCCACUGGGAGAGAGCAACUGAGUCAGAAAGGUGUAAUAAUUAUAAAUAUAUAUUGAAGCUAAAUGGAUUUGAGAUGAAUUAGGCAAAGAAGUUUAAGAUCUUAUUUUUUAAAAAAGAUCUCCAGCCCAUUAGGUUCCCAGCUUUUAGGAGUGGAAGUAGGAAGUGAUGAGGUGAUGUCAAGAGGUGUUUUGGCCUGUUUGAAGAAGCAUAAAUCUAGGGGGAAGGGGUGAGCCCCUUUUUAUGGGAGCAAGGAUUGUGGCUCAUGCUUGGAUUGACAAACUUCUACUAUUUGUACAUGUUCCUUGAAGUCCCUUUGGUUGAACGGUGGGGUGUUGAAAACAGAUACCACGGAUGGGAAUUCUACUAGCCAAAUCCCACUGAUUAAGAUUUGGAUAAUCAGCCUCAUUGUGCAUUGUGAACCCCAUGGGAACAGUAAGAGAAGUGUUGAUAUUAAAUUGGUUAAACUGUGUGGAGAGGAAAACUACAGAAGUAGCUAAGUAGGUGAGGAGCUGGUGAUGAGAUGGAGGAAAGGGGCAAGUGAUGGGCGGAGGUGGGGUCUGAGGAGAGCCUGGGUUGGGAUAGUGGCCUCUGAGGAUGGGGAUUGCAGGAAGUCUCCAGGCUUGCUGUCUCCUUGCAGCUUGAGCAGGUCGGUGUUCUUAAUGAAAAUCCAGUCUAGUCUGAGAAUGCUCUUGUCGUGUUAUACCCUGUGUAUGUAAAUUGGAAAUGUUUUCAUAGUCUUUUUCCUUCAAAAUAAAUAAAAAAGUUAUUUACCAAAAAAAAUGCUCCUGUUGCUGGCUGAAGUUGGCCCUCGACCAGUUAUUGAGAGCAUAUGAGUCAUUUGCUGCACCAUCUAUGCUGAUUUCUCAUUUGCUUCUCGGUUCAGCUUGGGUCGCUGGUUAUUUAUCUUUUAAGGCCGAAGUCCUGUACCUAACCAGGAAGGGAGUCCCAUUGAACGGCUGAGUAAACAUACAAAAGAUUAUGCUGCACAGGCCCUAAAUGGCAAAGAACCAAGAUGCCGAGACUCCUUUUUAGUCUAGGCCAGUGGUUUUCAACCAGUGUGCCAUGGCACCCGGGGUGCCUUUGAAUGAUAGCCAGGGGUGCUGCAGGCAACACUGGCCUCUUUAUUUCUUUCCCUCCCUCCUCUGAUGCCCUCUUGCAGCUCUGCCUUGAGGAGAAGACACUGAGGGAAUACUCCACAAGGGAGGGUGUUCAAAAAAGGGUGAGAGGCUGCCAGCUCUGCAGGCAAGGGGUGACAUAGCUGGGCUCCUGAGCCACACAGGGGUGCCGCAGAAAGAAUGGAGUUGGUCAAAGUGGACUCAAAAAGUUUGAAAACCUCUCCUCUAGGCUAGCCUUCCCUUGCUGGCUGACCAGAGUAGGAAUCCAGCACCUACCUUGAGAAAGGCUGCCAACUGCUUCUUGCCAUAUUCACAUGGCCGUUUUCUAAGGUUAAGGGAGAGACCUUGUUGUACAUCUGUGGCUUGUUUAGCAGGAGCAUAUGGUAGGACCUUCUUUGUUGGUGAAUGCCUUGCCCCAGAAGAUUGAUUUGGCUGCCUUCCUGAUGAUGCCUCGUUCGAAGCUGAAGACUUUUUGUUGUUGUUCAAUAGGCUUUCCAUUUCUUUAAAGUUUUAAAUGUGUGUUCUUGAUCAUACUUUUUGCCCGCUUCCUAGUUGCCAUACUAGUGGGUUUAUAUUUUCUGCUGGUUUAUGGAUUUAACCUUUAGUUUCUGCAUUGUUGCCUCGUGCGCUUUUUAUGGUGUUGAAUCACGUAUGUGCCGUUCUCUAGCACCUCACUGAGUCGGCAAAGCAGGACAGAAAUAGCGAGGGAAUGGUUAUUUUGUUGGGUGAUGCGUUGGUAGCUUUGAAGGAAAUGUUCCAGAGUUGCCAAAGGGAACUUGAGACUUUUAUGCUGACGUCGUAGGCUGAAGAGGAAUCAAAUGAAUUUUAAAAAACCUGAUAAAAAAGAACAAACCUUGACUACAGCUGGGAACUAGCAAAGAGAGGACUUGAGUAACAAUGGCACUGAGUAACAUUAAAAAAACAAACAAACCAGCAGUAGAUCUGCUAGCAAAUGGCUCUGAGGGGAAGAAAUGGAAAAGUACAGGGAGGAAGUAGAAAGCAAGUAUACAAAGCCCAGGUAAUAAUGGUGGGUUCAGAGAAGAUUUCUUAAACAGGUCCAAUCCAUCUACAAGGCUGACUUGUAGAUGCAGACCCUGUGGCAUACCACUAAACUGCCAGACUCAGUAGCACAACUGUCCCAAAGCUUGUUUUUCUCAGAUUUGCAGGUGAUAGCUAGUUGACUGCUGUGCAGUGAGGAAUGUAAUUGCAUAGUCUCCUUUUGUAAAAGUUGGACCUUUGGGGCAUCUUUGGGUGGGAUGUUGAAAAAAGUCACACAAACCUAUGCAAGAUAAUUGUGGCGUGACAUCCCACAUGACAGUUGCAUGCAGCAAUAUGCCCCAUGCAUGAUGAAGACUGCAAUCAUAGCCCCACUUACCUGGGAGUAAGCCCCAUUUAAUUCAAUAGGAAUUCCUCUGAGUAGACAUUGGUAGAAUUGUGCGGUAAACCAUCCAAAUUUUGCACCACAGUUGUGCUGCAUGCCAGUGCAGGUACCAUGGCUCAUAUCUUUUCCUAGAAGAAAGACCUCAAGCCACUCCAAAACCUCCUCUUCCCCCAGUCCCACGCUUGGCAAAUUUGAUAUUUGCAAAUUCCAGUUCAAGCUGAUCUGCUGUUGAACUAAUAUGCAUAUUGGAACAUAGUUAACUGGCUUUUGGACUUCUUGAAUUGUCUGCUGAAAAACUGUAUCAAACUAUGUUUUACCAGAGAACAACCUUAACCAGAAACCUUUAAUAGGAAUCUGGUUUUAAUAUGUGAUCCGCAUCUGCCUAUUCAUAUUCAAGAGGUUUCUUUGGUUAUCCUUCAGUUCCAUCCUUGGGUCGAACCUUGAACCUGGAACACAGUUUGAUUUCCUUCCUGGCUGCCUUCCCUUCAGUUGCAGGAUCAGGGACUCAUGGCUGCCUUGACAGAUAACCUUGGGCUCCACUUAAGCCCUUGUGCUUUCGGGGGCUUUGCUGCAGCUGCUGGAUUCUCCCUCCUCAUCACCAUUACCAGCUCUGAAUUCUGCACUGUAAUUUCGUUCCUUCGUGGUGUAGCUCAUGGGUAGGCAAACUAAGGCCUGGGGGUCGGAUCCGGCCCAAUCGCCAUCUAAAUCUAGCCCACGGACGGUCUGGGAAUCAGCAUGUUUUUAUGUGAGUAGAUUGUGUCCUUUUAUUUAAAAUGCAUCUCUGGGUUAUUUGUGGCGCCUGCCUGGUAUUUUUUACAUGAGUGGAAUGUGUGCUUUUAUCUAAAAUGCAUCUCUGGGUUAUUUUGUGGGGCACAGGAAUUUGUUCUUCUUUUUUCAAAAUAUAGUCCGGCCCCCCACAAGGUCUGAGGGACAGUGGACCGGCCCCCUGCUGAAAAAGUUUGCUGACCCCUGUAUGGGGAAAUGUUGGUUGUCUGAAUUACACAUCCCUCCAUGAAUGUUGAUUGGCUUGAGAACCGAUGACAUUUAUCAGGUUUUAGCCAACUGAGAGAAAAUCCUUCCCAAGCUGCUUCUGCAAGCCGAUUCAUCAGUCAUAGUAGUAUCUUAAGUGGCUUUAAAUGGUUGCCUCUAUAGUGUUGGCAGAAGUAGGGGCAGCUGGAAAAAACAACAAAAGGCAGCCAUGCUGAUAUGUAAGCUAGGGAAGCAGAGCCCUCAAGUCCACAGUUGGGCAACGCCUUUAUUAUGGCCAACCAAAACAUUGCAAAAUGGUAUGCCAGCUGCAACUUUUGAGUUCUCCGGUAUGCAUGAUCAGGCAGGAUGUUACCCAAAGCAGAGGCUGUGUGGAUAAGGACAUCAAAAACAGAACAAAAUAGACCCGCUGUUGAAGGUGUGAGCCUGCAUUUUUAUUCAGGUUGCAGACUGGCUCAGGUGUCUGCAGUUGUUAAGCUACGUCUAGGAUUCUGGGAUGAAGAAGCAAUGAGUGACCCCCAUGUUUGAAACGUAAAGAGUGGCUGUUACCCAGAUCUGCCUUGUUUAAACAGGAACACAGGCAGAUGCUUCCCACAGGCAGGCAGAUAGAUUCUAGCCUAGAUAAUGAGCCAGGCGGUGCUUGGAGCACUGCGUCUAUCUUUACAGUUGAUGUGCAGCUCCUCUUAGCAAAAUGACUUUCAUCAAUCUUCAUUCAGGAAGCUGCGCUGAAAGCCCUCAACCCACCCACCCCAACUCCCUUCUUUGGGAGACAAGAGAACAAGCCCAGUCAGAACUAUGCUAAUAGGAGUAACUAACACCUGCCUAGCAAGUGAUCGCAAAGAAGAGAUGGAAGGUGGCGCUCCUGCGAUUAGGCCUGCUCGGAAAAGAGAGAAAAGGGUGUUGCUGUUGUGGCAGUCACAUUUAAACAUGUGUGUGGUCUGCCAGUUGAUGCAAGAAAAUUCAAGCCCCAGGUGUCUCCCAUGUAGGAGGUUCGGCAUUGCUGCUAUUUGUGUAUACAGUCAUAUCUUGGAUCCCGAACGCCUAGAGUUGAACAUUUUGGCUCCUGAAUGCUGCAAACCCAGAAGUGAGUGUUCUGGUUUGCAGAUGUUCUUUGGAACUUGAACGUCCAGCGCAGGUUCCGAUUGGCUGCAGGACCUUCCUGCAGCCAAUUGGAAGUCACGCCUUGUUUUCCGAACGUUUGGAAGUCAAACAGACUUCCGGAACAGAUUCUGUUCGACUUCCAAGGUGCCACUUUAUAUGUGUGUGUGUGAGUGAAUCAGCCUUCAGGAUAACUCUCUCCUGCCCUCGGAUCCCUUGUCAGUGGCAUUGCCCUAUGAACAAAGUGGAGACCUGAGAGAGGAAUGUAUUCUGCUUAACAGAUAUAUUUGGUUGGUUGGUUUAUGCUGCCAAAGAAAAUCGUGUCCGUUCAGGUCUUCAACUCGGCUCUUCUGGGGUUUAACAGGCGUGUUCCUCAAGCAGUGGGGUGAGAGGCUAGAGAGCAAACGUGCUCAUCUGUUUUCAGCCUCUUUGAAAACCAGUCUCCCGCCCGCUCUUCUAGACCACAGAUAGCAACCUUGUUUGUUUGUUUGCUUGCUUGCUUGUUUUAAAACUGGAUUUUAUUUUUAAAAAUCCUAUAAAGCAUAAUCUAAAACAGUUGGAUUUUCUUCUAAGCGUCGAUGUCAAAAGGGACCGAACUGAGUCAAGGGGGAUGAAAAACAAAGCAAUCCAGCUGAGUGGACAAUGAUUCAGUCACAUGCUGGAGGAACAACACUGCUACUGUUAACACACUCUCCAGAAGAAAGGGGUGAGUCAAGAACUUCUGGUAUGAAGAGCUGCCCUGCAGGAUCAGAAGAAUGUCGGUCUAGCCCAGCAUUCUCUUUGUAGUGCUGCGCAGUGGUUAGAGUGUGGCCCUGAGACCUGGGAGAGCAGGGUCAAUUGCUGGCUCUCAGCCUAACCUACCUCACAGGGUGUGUUGGGAAAAAUGGGGGGGGGCAGACUAUGUUCAGCACCUAGAGUUUCCUGGAGGAGAGGGAGGCUGUGCAUAUUUCUCACAGGCCACACAGGUGCCUUUAGGAGUUCACAAAGGGGGUGUGAAGGUCUUAUCCUCUGGUAGCCUAAAAAUACUUUGGAGGGGAAAUUUCUUUUUUUAAGAACUCUCUUUUUUCAGUUUUUCCAACAAGGGAAAAAAAUGAUUUUGGAAGAGCCAUUAAAAAUGGUUCUGUGGAAUAUUUUCACUUUUGGAAUGGGUGAAAUGUUAUUUGACAUGAGGUUUCUUUUGUUUACUACAAAAUUGGUGGUUUCUCUUUUCAGCCUUUUAUUUCUCUCCCUCCCAAACCUUUCAGAUGGCAAAAAUCAAGCUACACGAGCUGAGGUAGCAUGUGGUAUAACAGUUUUUCAGCUUGCUCUCUCUAGUGCUGGGUAUGGUUGCAGUGUUACUUGUACAAAAUAAGGCAGUUAUAUUUCAGGAGACUGCAAUCCUAUCCUAAGGAUGCUUACCUGGGAGGGAGCUCUACGAAAUAGUCUUGAAUUUUCUUCCCCCAACCUGGGUGACCAAAAUCCACGGUCCUUUAACCUCUCUUCUUCAUGGAUGCUGUAUACCUGUUCUGAAAAACCCUCAUUCUUCUGCCUUUCAGCCAGAGAUACACUUGGGCAGGGGGUGGCAAUGAGCAGUUUUACUGAGCGAUCCUAUGACAGCUGCUUAAGUGGUGUUCAGACUUCUGCACAGAGCGAGGAGAUGUGUAGAGGCACCGAUGUGUAUUAUUCAGGAAUCACAGAUGGCUGAACUUCUUCUUUUGUUUGAGACGCUUGGGUCUCCUGCAGAAAGUGGAGGUCCCAGUUCUUACUCAGUUAUGUGAAGUGACAUUUCCCUCCCUUCAGUCGAAGCUAAGUGGCUUAAGAGUCUUAUUUGCACAGGGGCUGACACACGCAUGCAUAUGAAAGGGCGCUUGCAUGUGUAAAUUGUGUUGGGCUUUUUCCCCCUUGCAGGAAGUUUACAGUUGGAAGGUCUAAUCCUUUCUCAGUUGCUGCUGUCAUAUAUUUCUCUGGCAAAAGCUACUGCUUGGGAGAUGAAAUUGUGCGUGUGCAUAUUCAUUCUUGGGAACUGCUUUUCCAUCUUUAAAACGUGAUAUGUGAAAUGUUAUUUGGAUGCUUCACUUUUCAUAUGUCUGCAGGCCCUACUUUCUUAUUUAUGGAACCUAGCUCUGGGGGAAACAAAGCACAGGGAUCUUCUGACAUAUCUAGAAAACCUGCGAUCUGACUGUCAUACUUUGAUCCGGGUGGGGGGGUGUGGCUGGUGUUCUCCAAAGAUGCUGGAAAUUAGAGAGAAGCAGAUAGGGUUUUGGGGGUACUUGGCCAGUAGCUGCUGCUGGAGUCUAGUUAUUGCAAAAUCUUUUUCCAGCUCUGCUGCCUUUUGGGUAGGGAAAUUGAAUUAGAUGACCUUUGAUUCCUUCCAAGUCUCUGAACCGCCAUCUGAUAUAACAGUUGCAGCUAUUGUGAGUGAGGGCCCAGUUCCCUCAACUCCCAUCUGGGCUUCAAGGAACAAAAACUGGGAUGAGGUAGACCAGUGUUUUCAUGCUUCCUUUUUAUUCAACCCAGAAAAACAGGUAGCAAAAAAGGAAAAGAAACAUGGUGUGUUUGAGAGGUGUAAAUAACUCUCCGUUUCUUGGCUGUAACUACGUGCACCCAAAGCAUUAACCUGCAUUUUGGUUUCCUGCUGAGGACCUUGAUCUCAUUCUCUUUCCCUUUCCCCUUCAGCCAGAAUACCAAGACGAUCUCACUUCCCUGUUCUUUCUCUCCAGCCCCCCUGCAAACCCCACUGCAGAUGAGCCAUUGACAGAGUCACGGAUGACACGUCUGCACGCGAGAGCCAACCCUUUCACCCUCCUGCCUGAGGAUGAGCAAGCUGUGGGGCUUGCAGAACGGUGACCUGGAGCAGAGUCUUCCCGCCAUUGCAUCCUCUCUUUCCCACAGCUCGGGCCUCUCCCCGCACCACUUCUUCUCUCCCGAGAGGAGGCGAGCCAUUUCUGACGUGCGUCGGACCUUCUGCCUCUUUGUGACCUUCGAUCUUCUCUUCGUCUCGCUCCUCUGGAUAAUUGAACUGAACGUGAGUGGAGGAGCUGGCCUUUGUGAAUAUGGUUUCCUGCUUCCCCCCGGGGUUUGGCUUAAACAAGGAUCCCAGAAGUGGUUGUCCCUAAACAUGUUCAUAUAGCAACGGCAGUGAGUCAGGCUCAGUUUAAAACAAAACAAAAAAACAGGGAGUGCCUCUCUCUGAGAGUCCAGGCAGGCAGAAAGCAGUUGUGGCAGACUCCUCUGAGCUGGUUCCCCUCACCGCCUCUGCCUUGAGCUGUCAGUGUGCUGCUUUCAUCGCAGCCCACAAGUCUGUCCGUUGUCGGGUAUUGUUAGAUCCCAGGGUGAGUCUGCUCAGGUGCUGAUGCUGCUUGGGCCAAGAGCAACACAUGAGAUUGGAGCCCCAUUCAAGGUUUCUGCACACGGUGGAAUUGUACACAGUGAACAGGAAGUUGGGACGUGCCAGGUAGCCCCUUCUGCAUGGCAUCCCCAUGUACAGAGCAAACCGUUUAAAGGGAGGGAGUCUUCACAUAUAUAUAGUCUUUCAUGGGAUCUGCAGGCUAUUAACACACAGGGUUCAAGAUCACAGGGAAGCCUGUGCAUGCUGAAGCUCCCUCCCUCCUUUCAGACCUUUGUGUUGCAUGUGUGUGAGGGAGGGGAGAGCUGCUGAUCUGGCUGUCCUGCCCAGCCACAUAACGGCUUGAAGGGCCAUCAGAGAUCUAACCGUCACCCAGUUGCAAAUCACUCUUAGAAAUUAGCCAUGUGCUGGGUGCCUUUUGCAAGUGGCGCAGGUCCAACUGGAACCAUGUGGAGACCUCUAGAUUCCAGGUUGGCAACUGACAUCUCCAUCUGGCUGGCCUCUCCAGCUUUCUUAAGUGGAAAAGCUUAUUCAUUGCAUUUAUUUUGCACCUUUUCCUCUGAGGUGUACAUGGCUCACCUCUGCCUUCAGUUAAUUCCUACAAUGUCUCCGUGAGGUAGGUUAAGAGGCAGUGACUGGCUCAAGGUCACUCAGUGAGCUUCAUGACUGAGUGGGGAUUUGAAACCUGACCUCCCAGGUCCCAGUCCAACACGCUAACCACUGCACCGCACUGGCUUCCUGGAGUACUUAUGCUAUGGGACAGCUCUAUUAGUUCAAGUAGGUAGAUAAAUUUGAGGAAAGCAAAAUGUCACUUAGAGUAGAAUCUGAAAUAUUUUCCUUGAAGCUUGCAUUUGUUUUAUUUGAUGCUUUGAUGUGUUAUAAACUGCUUUGAGAAUUUUUCUUUUAAAUAUAAAGCAGGAUAGAAAUAAAAUGAAUAAUAAUAAUGUUUCACUAAAAAGAAAAUGUGCCUAGACAUUCCGUUGUGGUGACUGUAACUCAGGUUUAAGGUGCCAUUUGGCGAUAUCAGCUUAUAUAUCUGAGUUUCUAACACUGUUGCAAGUCCUUGUUUUACUGCUCAUCUUUAGGUAGAAAAAGAGUGAACUCUUCUUCCUCCCCCUCCUAUUAUCCGGGGGUUCUUUGUGAGCUCAUUUCGGUCUCAGAAGGAGUAAACCAAAUCAGAGGCUGAACUGAGUUAGCAAAUUGUUAGUCCCAGAUUUAAAUGAUAAACAAGCCUGAGAUAAGCAGUGAGUCAUUGCUUAGAACUGUUCUAAUCAUUGGGCUGAAAGGAAGGAUAAAUCCAAAUGUUGUCCUCGCCCACAAAGAAACCCACACAAAUCUGGACCAGUGCACGCUGCAAGCUUGUGGCAGGAAGACCGAUGACUCAAGCAAGUGACCUACACGCUACAGAAGCGGGAGCCAAUCUGACCUUGCAGGAAAAAUUCCUGACCUCACAUGUUUUCAGAUGGCUCAACUAAGCGUCAGGAAAACCCUACCCAUUAAUAUAAAGCAAUGCUAUGAUUCCCCUGGAAGCAGUGAUUGCUGGCACCAGCAUAUUGAAAGUCAGGGGUGAGGAACCUCUAGCUUGGAUCCCAGUUUGGCCUGUGUGGAUGUUUUCUCCAAACCAUGCCCACCUGCCCUACACAUGAUGUCAUAUGUGAUAUUUGGUGUGGGGCAGUAGAGACAUGGUUGGAUCAUCUGCACAACCAAACUCUCUGUGGGAGCUCAGAUGCUCAGCUGAUCCUCGCAGAGAGCAGGCUUUAAAUGAUCACAGGUCAGAGCAUUGCAUUAAAGAGUCCCAGGCUGGCAUUGUGGUGUGUCUUAAUUUAUUUGACUUUAAUCUUGCCAAUCUGCAGGCCACCAAAAGCAUCCAGGAGAGUCUGAAGUAUGAAAUCAUCGAGUACAACUUUAAAACGUCCUUUUUUGACAUAUUUGUAAGUAUCCUGACAAAAUUGUCGCUUGCAGUAAUAGCCAAGGGGAGACCUGGAGGUGGGCAUGGCAGGCGGAGUGCAGGGGAAUGCCAAAGGAGCCAUGAAGUCAGUACACAGGCAGCUUCAGUAGUCUGUGCAUUUCGCAGAACUCCUUGUCUGUUAGGCCCUACCUGGAUAAGAGUCCUGUGAAAGCCUGAAAGUUUGCCUAUUCUUGGUGCCAGUUGAGGUUGAUUCACAAAAAGAGAUUUUAACUUCUCUGCGUUUUUGAGACCUUCACAGGGGCCUUCUCAUGAUUUGCCUCUUGUGUUCCUUCUUACAAGCUCUUGGCUUUCUUCCGGUUUUCGGUGCUGCUCUUGGGAUAUGCUGUCCUCAAGCUCCGCCACUGGUGGGUCAUUGCGGUAAGAAGUCAACUUUUUACCUUGCUCUCAGAGACAUACAUAACAUUGAAUUGCAGCUGUAGUUUGCUUGCUUGCUUGUUUGUUUGUUAAUGGGCUUCUCUCUUCUGUCCCCACCCUCCAGAUCACUACAUUGGUGUCCAGUGCCUUCCUGAUUGUGAAAGUUAUCCUUUCGGACGUGAGUUGCUGAUAGCAAACAUGGAUUCUACUCUAAAUCUUUAUGGUCCCUUUCCAAAACCUCGGAGCAAAUUGCAAGCCUUUAAAAGCAGACGAUGCAAAAUUUCAGUUUUUUAAAAAAUGGGAACAUUUUAAACUUCAGGGCUGCUUGUUGGUUUGGGGGUACAAAUGGAUGGUUACAAGUGCUUUGGGUGUAGUUGUUCCGCGACAAAUACUGGAGAUCAUUUCAUAUGAAUCAUGUCGUCUCCUUUUUUUUUCAUCAACAGCUGCUGAACAAAGGGGCUUUUGGCUAUCUCCUGCCCAUCAUUUCCUUUGUCCUUGCCUGGCUGGAAACAUGGUUUCUGGAUUUUAAAGUCUUGCCCCAAGAGGCUGAGGAAGAGCAAUGUGAGUCUGUGUUGAGUGAGGAUGGAUGAAUGGAAGAAAUCUCCUACCCUGGUAAAAUUGGUUUUGACAGCCCUGCUGGUGUCGUGUCCCAUGUUUUGUGAGGGGGGUGAGAGUGGCAGCACUCAGAAAGCAGAUGACCUUAAGGGUUCAUGGACGCAGGUUGCUGUAUUUACAGUGGGUAUCGCUGGAUCCACAUUCUGAUGCCUCAAGGCCUUUUAAUAGGUUAGAUUAGUCCUAUGCAAGGAAAGCAUUGAAAAGCAAAAUAAUGCAAAAGAUUACUCUUCCAUUCUGUGUCUUUGGGGUUUUAUUUUUGCAUGUUGAGAAAAGGGUUUAAAGAUGACAAAACUAAGCAAGCACUUUGCCACGAUUGGAUUAGGGAAACGCUCAGGGUUGCUAGGAGGAAAAAGCUCUCUAUUGCAUUAGAUGCUUAAUUGCUUUGGAGAUAUGAUAGGCAAAGAGGCCAUCAUUCUCCAUGUAGAUAACAUGUCUUGUCUCCAGCUGAAAGGUUGAGGGGGGAAGCAGCUUGGCCAACUCCUAAAGGGUAGUGAUAAAUCUGCUUAUCUGUGCAAAGGUGUCUGGUUGUGUUAAGUGACAAUACACUGCCUUGUUGUUGUGCAACAAAAUGCCCAAGUUUAGAAUACACCAAGUGCAUCUGCAUACAUUUAUUAGGUUUCCUUUUGGCUUUCUUCCUGUGAUUCAGAGUUUGCAAUGCGUUAAAACGUAUAGUGAGUCAACGAGGUGAAGAUACUUCCUAGUAUUCUUCCAUAACCAUCAGGGCUAGAAACUUGUGCAGGCACAAUGAAGUUGGAAAGGAUGUCGAGGGUGAUCCUUUCUGAUCCAUAUGACUCUGGUGCUCUCCCUCGACAACCAAGGGCCCACGUAUUUAAAAUGCCAGGCCAACAUCCUUCUGCAAGCUCAGUACUUGGUUGAGAAUCUGCAAAUUGAAGUUGCUGGAAGUGAAAUGCUUCAACCUGCGUGCUCCUUUCACUGAGCUUAGCUCUUCCCCCUUCCCAUACCUGCUUGGGCAGAUCUUCAGCUCAAGCCACCAAGUUAGGAGGCCAGCCCAGUCCUAGUGUUCUCCACUCCGUUCAAGCUUGAGAGGCCAACUUUUGCCUCUUUCUCCAGGGCUUGUACUUCCCUGGUCUUUCAUUCUGAGCUGCUCAUCAAAUAACUCAAUGAAGUUAUUGUUCUCAGUUUAUUAAGGGAGGCAGAAUUACCGUACUGAGAGGAUUGCUGGCUCUUCUCAAGCACAGUUCUGCCCUUUCUCAGACAGCUUUUCCUCCCUCAUCUGGGGGUCACACAGGUUGAGCCAGGGAUAUAAAUGCAAUGCAAUAUAAAUGAGCUGAUUUCCGCCCCCUCCUCUUUCCAGGGUACCUGGCAGCUCAAGCUGCUGUGGCCCGAGGACCCCGUCUUUAUUCAGGGGCGCUUUCAGAUGGCCAGUUCUACUCCCCUCCAGAAUCUGUUGCAGGUAAUGACAUUUCUUCCAAAAACUUGGGUAUGAUGUAUUUCUGAAAGUCUGUCUCUAACUGAGCACUGGUAAAAAAUAAUAAUAAUAACUCACUCCUCUCUUUACCAGUCAGUUAAUGUGUACAGAGUGUAAUAUGAAAGUUGCAAACACACAAGAUUGCCACUCCUCUUCUGAGCUGCAGUAAUCUAAAGCUUGUUUGAGCCCAGCCAAGCUCUCUUAACUUCUGUGUUACAAGAAGGGGCCAGUCAUAACAUGUACAUCUCAUAUGCCCCAUUUCUGCAGUAUCCAUGCUUUCGUUCACAAGAGAGAGGGAGAGCACAAAGGGUUAUUUCAGGAAUUCUCAGCCUAAUUCCUGGGAAAUUGUAGUGUGUCGCAAGAAAUACAUGGACCAAAAGGUCCUAUUGGCUGUAUAUUCCUGUCCACACAGGAGGCAGCCCAUUGCGUCCUUGCAUGAUCCAGUGUUCUGGCCUUACUUGUCUUCUGCAGAAGUUGAAUUGGGAAGACGUAACUCUGUUGCAUCUGCAUUAGGUGACACUGGGAUCUGUCACUCAGUCUCAAUGCAGAGAUGCAGCACUAUUGUCCAUCCUCUAAGGAGGCUACCUGUUGCAUCUCUGUGUGAAUUACUUCUCUGGGCUUCCUUCCAGUCAGGCAGCACACUUAAGACCAGUGACUCAGGCAGAAACCCAGGAGAAUUGGCUGCCUGGAGGUGGGUAAUUCCUACUCUGGCAUGCUCCAGCCAUCAGAUGAAUCUUGCUCAGCAGCCAACGGACAGUAAAUGCCUGAUAUUCCUAAAGAUGAACUUGUGUGAACAAACAGCCUUGAAAUUGUGCAAUGCUGCUUCGUAUCCUAUGCUUAACACUUCCAGAUCUCCCAUCAUUUAACUUUUAAACAUUUCCUUUUCCCCCCUCGUUCUCUAGGAUCAGAUGACUCGGAUGAUGAACUUUUGGGAAAGAGGACAUUAACUGACCAGGUAAGCCCAGUGGUGUAGCUAGCCGCUCGGGUGUCCGGUGCAUCCUGCAGCCAGCUGCCCAUGAGGGCAAGGCAAGCCAAGGCAGGGCAUGCUGCGUGGAGCCUCUCCGCAGCCUUCCCCUCAGCUGUAGGGAGGCUGAGGCGGUGGGCAGACUCGAAAAAGCAACGCGGAGCUUGAAGGCAGUCCUCCCACCGCCUCCCCCACAGGAGAGAUGCGUGGCUCAGGCACGCUGCAGGCCCUGCAGUGUGACGCCCAGUGCCCCCUGCCUCACCUAACCAUGCCUCUGGAUUAGGCAGAUUCAUGGAGGAGAGGACUGUCGAAGGCUACUAGCCAUAAAGGCUGUGCUCUGUCUGCAAAGUUGGAGGCAGCAGUGCUUCUGGUUUCUGGAAAUCACUCAAGGAGAGAGUGUUCCUGCAGUGGUGUAGGAAGGGGCGUGCGGUGGGUGCAGGAGUUUUUUUUAAAAAAAGUGUUGUGAGCCCAUUAUUUAUCUAUCUAUCUAUCUAUCUAUCUAUCUAUCUAUCUAUUUAUUUAUAAACACAUAUUUUUGCCAUUUUGUCACACACACCCCUCAGUGAUGACACCCGGGGCAGUCCGCAGCCACCGCACCCUCCUUCCUAUGCCACUGGCUAAGCCUUAUGUGAGCUGAGCAGCCCCUUUCGCAUUUGCUUUCAAUCAGGUGGAAAAGCCUCAGUUUCCAAAGAUUGCUAGUGUGGUCAGAAAUACACCUCAGUGUUGUGGGGGCUGCAUGGACGGCAUCUCGCAAACGCAAUUGUUUCCUACAGCUCAUUCAUGCCUUACAGGUAGGGUUUAAUAGACCUUGACCUUGUUUCCCUUGGCGUAGGAGGGUUGUCCCUAGCCACAAGCCCUUGUCUGAACGCUGUUACUUUCAUUCGCAACACGCAGGGUACAUUCCAUAAAUGUUUCGGCAGCAUGCAUGGCCCACCAAAAUGGUUAUCACAGGCACCUACUCAGUUUAGCAGAAGGGGUAAUGCAUUGUUGAGGGGCUGAUGUGUAGCAUAAUGGCUAAUCGCAUGGGUCAGAAAGCCCCUGGUCUAAAUUUUGGCUUGGCUAUGAGAAGAGGCUGGGGUAACUCAGCUAAUCCACUGUCUCUCAGCCUCCAUUUGCCCCUGAUCUAUGUUAAGCCCACUGUCCUCUCUGGCAGCCAGGUUGAUGGGUAAAGGAAACCAGUGUAGGCUUAAGACUAGCUCCAGGUGGUUUGUAGUGGUUAGGUGCUGCUUGUAUGUACUCGCACCCAGUCACCAGUUUUUCAAAAAGCAAUAAUUGAAUUUCAUAAAUGACAUUAUUAUUAUUUAUGCACAAUUUUUUUGUGUAUGCAUGCAUUCUUCCAAAAGCUUCUUUAAAUAAGAUUCAUUUCUGCACGCUGUGUUCCUGUUUUUAAUGCAUGCACAUUUCAUAGUAACUAUAAUAUAAUUCCCACGCUUAUGUUCCCAAUGCACUUUGGUUUCCGGAAUCGACCUGUUCAAUGCCUUCAGGCAUCAGUAAUUUUAGAUAGGCUUGUACCACUCUCACAACUUGCAGUGCAACUGCAGACACAACAGUAGAGCAUCCAUUGUGUUAUUUUAGGUAACAUGGAUGCACGCACGCACACAAUGAACAUUCUCCUCCUUGUCUUUUGGUAAAGGUUCAGAUGACUGCCAGAAAAACAUGGAUUGUUUCUCUUGUUCUUUAACCGACAUGCAGCCUUGGAGUCUUGAUUAUAACAAAUUUUUAUAGUUAGCUUAUCAAAUUGAUUAACUACCCUCAAACUAUGUGAGGAGAGUGUGAAAUACUUCAGAAUUCUCAGAAUCCCAAUCUUUGUUUUGUGGAAGUCAGGUUAUAUAUAUAUAUAAUUCGUUCCGCGAGUUUUGUCGUCUUGCGAUUUUUUUCGUCUUGCGAAGUACGGUGUCGGGAAAGUUUUGGAAAAGCUUCAAAAAUCACCAAAGUCUUUAAAAACCUCAAAAAAGGCUACCACACCGCGUUCUAUGAGUUGCUCCUCGAAGUCAAGUCGCAACUGUAUUAACGGUGUUAAGAAAAAGGAAUCAAACUUGCAAGAUGUUUCCGUCUUGCAAAGCAAGCCCAUAGCGAAAAUCGUCUUGCGAAGCAGCUCAAAAAACAAAAAACCCUUUCGUCUAGCGAGUUUUUUGUCUUGUGAGGCAUUCGUCUUGCGGGGUACCACUGUAUGAGAGAAGUCUGUUUCAUGAUAUGUACAUUGCUCUCAUCUCCUGUUGGCCACCAGGGGGCAGCAUUAAUCCAAAGCAGUUGACUCUGAAUUUUCACUUUCAGCAUCCCAAAUAAUUUGCUUUGUACAUUGCCAUUUGUUUGCUUUUAUGAUUUCUUACCUGCCCUUCACCACAAGGUUCCGACAAUGCAGAAAUGCAGUGUUAGAAUCACUUAAAACAUUGGUAGUCCAUUUACAAUUAUACUUUUGCCAGACCAUUAUUGGUUUUUUUGAAUUUAUGGGUCAGUGUUGAUGUGGUUUGGGUACUUGCCUGCAUCCUGGGAGGUCCUUAUCCUGCCUGGAGGUAGUUGCUGCUCACUCCAUGCGAGCAGUUGCACGACAGCCAGUACUUAUAUAUCAUAAGCCACGCUUACAUACUUACCUAGUUGAAUUGCAGCAGCUCUCCCUCUGCUGCCAGGUGGGGAUGGGAAGAAGCAGGAAGGCAACACUGAAAGCGAGCUGGGCAGGGGGGUGUUAGGCUGGUGGAGAGGCUUGGUUUCACUCAUUUCAGUGGGUCAACUCUUGAGUACAGUCUCAUCUGCACUAUGCAUUUAAAGCAGUAUCAUACCACUUGCCUACCCUCCAAAGAAUCCCAGGAACCAUAGUUUAUUAAGGGUGCUAAGAGUGGUUAAAGGUAAAGGGAUCCCUGACCGUUAGGUCCAGUCGUGGCCGACUCUGGGGUUGCGGCACUCAUCUCACUUUAUUGGCUGAGGGAGCUGGCGUACAGCUUCCGGGUCAUGUGGCCAGCAUGAUUAAGCCGCUUUCUGGCAAACCAGAGCAGCACACGGAAACACUGUUUACCUUCCCGCCGGAGCGGUACCUAUUUAUCUACUUGCACUUUGAUGUGCUUUCAAACUGCUAGGUUGGCAGGAGCAGGGACCGAGCAACGGGAGCUCACCCCGUCGCGGGGAUUGCCUAAACUGUGGACUGUUUGUCAUAGGAAAUGAAUUAACUGUUAGUUUUGUCCUAGGAAAGAGAAUACAUCCAACAAGGCAAAGCAGCAAUGGAGGUGGUCGACCAGAUCUUAGCCCAAGAGGAGAACUGGACAUUUGAGAGAUGCAGUGUAAGUUUAUGGUUCCUGAAAGAUGACUUAUCGCCCUUGCAGGGGGGAGGGCGGAAGCAGUGUCAGUCUUCUGAUCAGAUUUCGAAAAGAAGUAAGUGUCUAUUUUAAGCUGGACAGGGCUGUUCGGCUCUCCCUGAGCGUAACCUUAGCAUGUUUACUUUUAAGAAUCUUGGGGAGGGGAGCCUUGUUCUUCGGUAGCUGCUCUUUUAAAUGCCUCCCCCACAUGGUGAAAUAGCGGUACUGUCUUUAUUUUGCACACCACUUAAAAGCCUAUUCUGCAACUAAGCAGUAUAGAAAAUUAGGAUGAUGACUUAAUUUUCAAAAAGAAGUAAUGCUUCAAAUGUGUGACUCGACACCCCUCCUCCCCUCUUGAGAUUUUUUUUUUUUUUAAAGAUGCAUAUUUUUGCUAUUCCUGGUGGGGUGUUUUUUUUGCUGUUUCUGCUUUUGCUAUUCCUAUUAUGGUUUCUACCUUGAACUUGUGCAUCUUCUGAUAGCAGCACUGGAACCUGGCGCUUAGAGGAGAGGGUAGAAUAUUAGUAUGCUGUUAAACAGCCCUGUGUCCUAGCGAUGGGCAAGAGGCCUAAUUCAAUGCUGGAAGUUCUCGCAGUGCUGCGCAAAAGCAGCUCUGGCUUUCCACUGUGGAACUCAUGUGCCCUCCACCCCUCUCAUGCAGGAGUUUGGCGACACGGUUCACUCUCUGGAAAUGCCAUUCUACGGCAAGGUGUUCAUCCUGAAGGUAAGUUGCCUUGACUUUUCCUCUGAAGCCGAUGACUUGCAGAAGUCGCAGUCUUCCUCCUGCACCUUCAGUUAAAAAGAGAUGGAGGGUGGAGGCUGUUGCACAGGAAUUAAAAUCUGGAAGGAGUGUUGUUUGUAGGAUUGGGGGAGAGGAAGCAGAAUGGGUGAGGCAGCCAUCCAUUCUGUCUGGAUUCCUCUUUGGGGAUAUUGGGGGGGGGAUGAAUGUUAAUUUGCUUCUAGCAGCGAAACAAACUUUUGUUUCCACUUGCUUUGCCAAGCAUGAACUGAACUUGUGUUUUCAUUUUCUGGGAGCACGGAAUGUGUGCUGCCCAGUGGAAAUAAGACCAUUGCCACGGGGUAACUAAGCUUCCCAGAGAUCAUUCUUUAGUUUCCAUUGGCUUGGGUUAAUUUCAUCCCUCUUGGGAAACUUCCCCGUUGGAGAACUUGGGUGGCAGCGGUCUUCCUUUUUCAACAAAUCAGGGCUGGGCUGGGAACCUUUUUCAGCCCAAGGUCUGAAGUCCCUUUGGCAUUAUUUACUAUGGUCUGCUUGCCAGCAACGGAUGAGGCCAAAGUCACAGCCAUACAUCCACAUGCUCCCCCAUAAUUCACACAUCAAAGGAGUCUUCAUUUAAGUGACCUUUCUUGCAUCCUCCAUGCAGGCAUCCCCGUGCACUUCAAGGCGUAGGAAAAACCACAAGGCAAAAAUAUGGCAUUUUCAUCCAUUUUCAUUUAUUCCCUCUAUCCAUUCUUACUGCCCCUUUCCCCCAUAUUCAAGGCUCUUUAGGACUCUUCAGAGGCUUUUGGGGGGGAAAGGGCUGCUUGUUGGCUCUUCCUAGCUAGGUUCCCUUUGCAUCCCUUGGGGGACUUUGUAGGCGAACCCUCCUCAGAGGGACAGGGCAGAGCUAGUAAAAGAGAGCUGGGUGAUUAACAAGCCUCCCUCCCUUGCAGGCAAUUCUACAGUGUCCUGCCGAGAUAGUUUACCAGGAGAUGAUUCUUCAGCCGGAGAAGAUGGUCCUGUGGAAUAAAACCUUGUUAGCAUGCCAGGUAGGUCUUGGCAAACUCAGCUGCUAAUUACUUAUCCCUAAAUUUUAACUCCUGGCUUCAGUCACUCUCAAUCUCCUCUAGUCUUUGAUGAGGGGCAAAACAAGGAACAAAUGAAAACCUUUUGUAUGUGCAUCUCUCACCGCUGUGAAUUGUUGUCUGUGUUUCCCACUUAGGGAGGAAGUUUUGGGCUAGGGUGGAUUGUAUAUUGAGGUCCUUCCUUGAUCUCUGUUGGACGUGGCAACCUUUCAAGUUUUUCCUGUCCUACAGUUUCUGCAUGCUUCCUUGAGCUCCUCAGAAGCUGCUUGUGAUGAAGCUGCCACUGAGUGCCUUGUUUCACCUUUCUUAGCAUGAACGGGGAAGCUUUUGCCCCUUGGGAGUUUGACACCAUUUGCAUGGCUGAGGGAUGGGUUGCUACUUCUGCACUGUGUUGUGGGGUUUCUUCCUGAAGUGCCUGCGGGGGAGCAGGCACACAGGGCAAACAAUUUCACAUUUAGUUGAAACAGAACUGAGGUGUGGCAAAAUGAUUUAGAAGCGCAAACCAUCUAAUGGGAUAAACCCAACCCUGUUUAAGGCUCUCUGUGGCAUUCUGCAAGGUUGUUCGUGGUACAGCUUUUAGAUUUUGUUUUCUUGCAAGCAUGAGUCCUUCUGUCUUAGUUGAUGUCAAAGUCCUACACGGAGCCCUGCGCUCAACUGAACCAAAUGCUAUCACAAUUCCACCCCCCCCCCAUGUAACUGGGAAUUGUUUUUGUGAAGGUGCUGAACAUUUCCCAUUAGGUCUCUGUAUUUCCCAUAGGCAGCAUUCCUGGAGAGAGAGAGAGAGACUGUGUUUUCUUAGAUAGAUGGCAGCAGAGGUAGAGGGAAGCAUCUCGUUUUUCUUCUUUCUUGACAGAUCUUGCAACGGAUUGAUGACAACACAACUGUAUCCUAUGAUGUAGCAGCUGGUGCUGCUGCUGGCGUUGUGUCACCCAGGUGAGUCCUGGUUUGGCCUCGACCCUUGACAGUCCUUUCUUUUUAAAGGAGGGUGAUGACCUCUUGUUUUGUGUUCCCAGGGACUUCAUAAAUGUGCGUCGGAUUGAGAGAAGGAGAGACCGGUACAUUUCAUCAGGGAUGUCAACAGUUCACAGCGCACGUCCCCCUACUUCCAAAUAUGUCAGGUAUAAAGAGUCCUAUGGAUGGUGCUUUGAUCUAUUUUAUUACCUGUAGGUUUCCUCCGAUGCACUGGCUUAAAUCGUGCAUAAGUCUUUGACUUUUAAUUUCUGAAAAAUAAAAAGUUUCAUGGGCAAUCCACCUGGACAAGAUACAAUGCAAAUUACACUAGCACUUCCCAAAAUGAAAAUAAGACCUUGGAUACUUCUAAAACUGGGUAGCCUAGUAUGUAAUGUGAAAUGAGACAACAUGAAACUAUAUGGUAGUUUUAUGCAUAAUUUAGGGGGACUCCUCAGAUAUUUAGAAAUAAAAAUUAAAAGGGGGGAUUAACAACCUGGUUAACCAAGGACUGAAUGUCUUCUAGAACCAACAGAAUGCUAAGCUGGGGUGGGGAGAGAGGGAAUUAGCCUGGCUGAACCUCUGAUUGUUGUUUUUUUUUAAUGAUAUUUAUUAAAGUUCCACAAAGAAAGAAUCACAUCAACAUAAAAAGAAAAAUUCAAGAAUAAAAAGAAAAAUACACAAUGCAAAAUACAAAAAGAAAAAAAAAUUAAAAACAAUUCCCUCUUUUCAUCACUACUUUUACAUUUACUUGUUUCCCGGACCUCCUCAUACCUCCCUCUUUUGUAUUCCAAUUCAGUUUGUUAGUCCAGCAAUUCCUUUCCCUCCUUUUUAAUCCCAAUCCUUAAUCUUAAUAUAGUAUAACAUUAAAUUUUUACCUAUUAAAAACCAAUUUUUCCAUUCUUUUAACCUUUUUAAUCCUAAUCCUUAAUCUUGAUAUAUUUGUAGCUUUAAAGCCUGUACAGCAAGAAGCCACUUAAUUUCAAUCCAACAUCACUCUAACAUUCAUUAAUUUUGCAAUAUUUCUGUAAGUAAUCUUUGAAUUUCUUCCAAUCUUCUUCCACCGACGCUUCUCCCUGGUUGAACCUCUGAUUGUUUAGUAUCCUGGAGAGGUGGACAUUAGGUUCAGAGGAAUCUGCACCACAGGCUAAAAUAUCCCUGUGCUGUAUGGGGAAGUUUUAUGAGGAAGCAAAGGGGAAAGGGCACCUUUUCCCUUUCUCUUUCUGCAGAACUAAACCUGAGCUCUUCAGUGCCAAAUAGCACAAUAGGGGAAGGUUUCAUGAGGAUGGGGAAACAAGAAAGGUGUUUUGCAUGUGACUGACAGUCAGUAACCCUUGAUCCUUGGGGAAGUCGCGGGUGUUGAGGUGUCCACUCAAACCAGCUUUUUUUUUUCUUUCCUUUUUCUUUCUUUUUUUUUGGAAUGAUUUUUAUUAAAAUUUCAGUGAAAGAUUAAACAGAAAAACAUAGAAAAAAAUACACAAAUACACAAUACAUAAUAAAAAACAGAAAAAAAAAGAAACAGAACAAUUAAAAAACAAUAUCACCUUUCCAUUUCCGUUUUUGAAUUUACUUAUUUUCUGGACCUCCCCAUACCUCCCUCUUUUGUAUUUCAGUCCAAAUUGUUUGUCCAGCAAUUUCUUUUCCACUUUUUUAAUCCCAAUCUUUAAUCUUAAUAUAAUAUAUCAUUAAAAUUUUACCUGUUAAAUACCAAAUUUCCAUUUCCUUCAACUUUUUUAAUCCUAAUCUUUAAUUAGUCUAUCUAUAACUUUAAAUCCUGUACAGCUGGAAACCACUUAUUUUUAAUCCAACAUCACUCUAACAUUCUUUAAUCACUCAAACCAGCUUUUCAACGAAAUGGUUCUUCAGUGCUUCCUGGGUGUCUAGUCCAACUUUGGCUCCCAGCUGCUGGCUUGUGAUGAGCAGAGCUCUUGCCCGAGCAUCAAGGCCCCCUUUGCUGUUCUCAGAGCCUCUGCCUCAGGUGACCAGCCAGGGUGUCUUGGCUCACCAACUUCAUUUUUCUGACUAAUAGCAUUAAAAAGUCAUUGGCCUUUAGCUCAGCGUCUGCGUAGCUGUUGGGGGAAAUCUGUGAGAAGGGCAGCGUACAUUCCCCACAUCGCAUGCGCAUGAUGAAAUACAGUGCUCCUUGUCUCUUUGUCUUGAUCAAGCUGAUUGGAUUUCUAGCAUUUGAAAUGCGUGGGAAGUGGUUGAAAAUACGAGUUUUCUACUUCAGGUGUCCACACACUGAAACGGAACAGGCAUGACACCUGUUGCACCCUGCUCUUCUCUUGCCAAACACCAUUCCCUCUAAACUGCUGCUGCCUUUCUGGUUUCCACUUUGCCAGGCAAGAAGUUCCAAGGGCCCUACACAGCUGGGUUUAGUUUCCCUUGGAUGGGGGUGCACGGAUGACUUCGGAUUACUUUUGUAAAACUUGCUUUCGGUGACAGCAAACACACUCCUCCAGCAAGACAGGAGCUUUCUCUUUUAAAUGGGAACUGAGGCACUCCCAUAGAAAUGCAGCACAUGCACAGAUGCUCGUGGCUUCUGACGUUAUUAAUGGCCUGGCCUGGGCCCAAGGUAUCUGUAAGAACCCAUUCCUCUAUGGCCCAUGCCAUAAAACCCCUGCUGCAUGUAUCAGCAUCUUCAGAAAAGUGCUCAGGGAGGGGGUUUUCUGUCUCAUUUUUGGAAGAGGAGGCCUGCCAGGAUCUUCUUUGUGCUGGGGACUGAAAAAAGUGUGGCUCUCAAACCGUAUCGGGGGAUGGGGGGAAUUCAGUUACUCAUAAGAGGGGGGAAAUUGGUAUGUGCUUGAUAUUUUCAUGAUUUCAGAGUACACUGCUUUGGGCACAGGAUUUUAUAUAUCAAGCCCAAUUCUAUCAUGGGCAACCUUCCAGGGGCUGUAUGAUGGCGGAUGGGGUGGGGCCACAGGCAAAAGUAGAUGGGGCAAUGGGUCUGCCACUUGCAGAUAUUCCACCCAUGAAAAAGCCAGGUUUCUGCAAAACUCUUCCGUUCUCCAGCCAGACAAGCGAGAGACAUGGUCGCAGUUCAAAGACACAUUCCAAUCAGGAAAGAACACUUCCGGGCCAAGCCAGGGGAGAGGGGGCAUGGCUUAGGGAGUCCAGAGGGCCAGGUGGAGAGACACAGAGGGCCACAUUCAGCUCCUGGGCAUGUGGCUCCACACAUCUGUUCUAGGUUCUAGGUAAUAGCCAGCUAUUAAAUUGCUUCUGCUGUGACAACUCUCCCCGUUGUUGGCUUUUUCCAGGGCGGAAAAUGGUCCAGGUGGUUUUGUUGCUCUGAAAUGUCCCACUAACCCGAACCUCUGUACCUUGUUCUGGAUACUCAAUACAGACCUCAAGGUAAGGCAUGUCUUGUCCUUGAGUGUUUUCCGUUGAAUGAGCCAGAUUGUGACCAUUUCUCUCCUGCUCUACCACUGUUGUGUUUUGCUUUUUAAAUGGCUCGUUGUCACGUCCAAGGUCUCAAACCUUGGAAAUUUCUGGGUCCUGAUUAGACGUUUUUCACGUGAAUCAAACGGCAGUGUGGCCCAGAUGCUGUAGUGGCAUUAAAAUCUAUUCCUGCUCCCCUCUGAUGAACGUGGUAUGUGGUUGUACUGCUGAGGAUCAAGAUGUGCCUCGGAGAAUGGUCCAAGUAAGAGGUGAGGGCUGCUCUCCCUCCAGAAUGCAGAAUCAGACCAAUUGCAUAGCUUUGCUAGCCAAUGAGUGCCCUGUUUGGGGAUAUAACUUGGACCUGAUGAGAUGAAAGAGAGGUGCUGAACAGAGGAAUAUGUAGGAAAGAGGGAGAUUUUAAGGAAACCCUACGUUGAACCACCCUGAGAUCUAUGGGUAUAGGGGCAAUGUACAAAUUUAAUAAAUAUAGUGGUAGUGGUAGUAGUAAUAGUAGUAGUAAUACUAUCCUGUGGUGUUUAUAUACCUAACAUAACAGUGUUACCUGUAACAAAAUGUUGCGGUGUGACUGACAACCCACUGACACAGUUAAGGAUUAUCAUGCUUGCCAGCUGGGAUCAGAAAUUGCUCAGUUCUGUGGUUCCUUUCUCUGUGGCAUUCUCUUAAUCUUAUGGUUUAAGGGGAGGAGCCAUAGCACCAUUGUAGACCGCAUGCUUUGCAUGUGGAGAAACCCCAAGUUGAGCCACUGGCAUCUCCAGGUAGAUAUAGGGAAAGCGCUCUCUUAUGAAAACCAGGAGAGCUACUGCCCAGUCCGUGUGAACCACCCUUGAGGUAGGUGGACCAAUGCAUGGAUUCAACAUAAGGCAGCUUCCUAUAUUCCUGUGUUCAUUUCUACUGCCCCAGCUUAAAGAGAGCAGUGGUUGAGCACAUGCUUAGCACUGGAUGCCUCGGGUUCAUUUAGUGGUAUCUCCAAGCAAAGGGGAUGUUGGGCAAGGACCUGAGAAAUGGUGCCAGCUUGGGCCAGGCAGACCACUGCAGCUUCAGAACCUGUAUCAGAGUUGAAGAUGCUUCUCCGGCCUCAUCCUUCGUCUCUUCUUGCAGGGCCGGCUUCCCCGCUACCUCAUCAACCAAAGCUUGAGCGCCACCAUGACGGAAUUUAUUUUCCACCUGCGCAAACGUAUUAUGGAGGUCAUGGCGAGGUCUUAGGUUCUUGGAACUCCUUGCUCUGAUGUUGCCUUUUGAGCGUGCUCAAACCCAACAAGGUCCAAAGAACUGGAGUACCUUUCUUCUUCUUCUUCUUCUUCUCUCUCUUCCUGCCAGAGAACAAAGACAAAAUCUCACAGCUGACGUUCUGGAUCAGGCUGAAGAGCCUUUCCUUGUGUCUUCAGGUUGUCAGCCAGGUAAAGGGCUGAAGGUGAUGACCAAAUGGCAAGAGGGAGGUCGAGACAAAGCAGGUGGUCCGUGCCCAAGCGAAUUGGUGAGAAGCACCAAGGUGGCUUCUUCCAGCCUUUCACCGAUGAUCAAAGUUAACAUUGCUACUAGAACUUGAGCCAUUUAUGGAUUCCGAUGUGCCAAAUUCCUUCAUGAUCAUGCUUCCAGAAUCUGCCAAGUGCUUACCUGUAUAGCCCCCUUCCUUUCUCCCUGGGUGUAAUCAUGAUUUGUGUGUCCAUAAACUUAUCCAGUUGCCUUCCAUGGCGGAACAGACGUGCACCAUCAGAUAACCUGCGCACACAGUCACACGGCUGAAGUGCAGCAGGUUAAGCCAGAAAGUGUCCCAGGCACUGCUACUGGUCGUCCACCUUUCAGCAUAGCUGUGACGGCGUCAUGAGGUUUUACUGCCCGAAUGUUUGGAUGAAAUUUGCCUAUUGUAUGCUUGGUAAUGGCCAGAGAGAAUGAAAUCUCCUGCCCCCUGUCAAGUACCUGGUCUUCAGUGGUGCACCAAAACUGACACCUUGGGUUGAAAGCAUUGCUGUUCCCAGUUCCGUGUUGCUUUAUUUUCCAGUUUCUCCUCCUGCCCAUGAGUAGCAAAGACUAUAAAAUAAGCUUCCGUAGACUAAACUGACCCUGUGGUUGGUUGGUGGUUCCUGGGUUUGAUUGUGGCCUCAUCAUUCUGGAGUAGGCUUCAAAUGUUAGUAAUGGAGGCCAAGAUCUAUAAUUGGUUCUAUUGACUUGUUAAUAUAUAGAGAGGCCAGAGCCCUUAUCUGCCACUCCAGAGUGUGUGUGUGUGUGUGUGUGUGUGUAGUGGAGGAGCAUCCUUGAAAACUUCCUGCCUGGUGCCUAUCAGAGCUAAGCAUUGAAAGCAGCCUGUUGUUUCAUGAAGCAUGAGCUGGGUUUGCCAUAGAAGUGAGACUAGUAUAGACCUAUCACCAGAGCAGAUGUUUAUAUUAACCUCCUUCCUUCGCUCCCCAAAGUCCUUAAGUUGCCUUCCUCUGCUUUCCUGCAUUCGCUGUUGAUAACCAGUAUUCUCCAGGUGAAAAACUACGUAGCUCAUGAAUCAAUCUUCAGAGCCUUGAGUUAUUGAGUUCUGUGUCUCUCUCCCCACACCCCGCCUUGCUUGGGUGUAGAAAGCUGGAGAUGUGGUGGACAUAACAUCUACAGGCCUUUUGGUCUGCCAUUGACUGAGUGGAAUCGUCAUUUCUAAUCCCUUCAGAGGAUCAGCUUUGGGACACAGGAGGGUGGGGCAGAAGUGAAAUGCCUUUGCUUCAACAUAAUAAGUGCAAUAAUCCUGGCACAGAGCUAACAUGCAACUUACCAGAAGUGUCCAAAGUUCUUGGCCUCCAGUGUCAACUGUUGUCCAAAGCCAUUUGGGUUAAACCGCACUGACUCCUGUGAUUCUCCACUGCAGCGGGACAGCUUUCAGCAGAAGUAGUAUGGGGGAUUGCACAGAGAUUGCAGCCUUAAGGCAGAUAUUUUGUGUUCUCUCCCAUCCCACUGCAGUCUGGCUCGUAUGUGUGGGAGAUGACUUCUCGAGCAAUUCCUGUACUUUUAAAGGCUCUAGAAUCAGAAUUAGUCUUGUAGCAAGAGUCACGCAUGGCUGCUUGCUCGCUCAGUGCAUUUUAAGACCCCCAAGGCAGGACUUGAGGUCAAAAGGUUGAAAUGAAAGCAAAUAAAUAUAUUCUGCACUGGAUUUCUUGCGGGGAGUAAACUGCACACCUGGCUUACACAACAACAGGGCAACUAGCAUGUGUGCCAGACCUGUUCUUGCAGGCGUAUUUUCAGCAGUUGAGGGCCCCCCCCCACUUUUGUAUACUGGUUUCUUCCCUUUGCCUUGCCUCUGUUUGUGUGUUUUGUGCAGAAUUUGUAGGAAGUUCUGUCCCCUCCAUCUGAUAUCUUUGUCGGAAUAGGGAGGCUUGUAAGAAGCUUUUCCUAUUGUGGGGUGGGGUGAGUUUCCAGACACCACGAUAGGCUUCCAGGGAUGAAAAGAGGCUCGCCAUCCAGGGAAGUUGUCCGAAGUGACUUGCUUUACAAUAUUUCUGCAUUUUUUGCCAGCAUCGGAGAUUUGCCCGAGUUCCCGUUUCUAAGAAUCAGCUAUUAAUCUUAUUAAAGCGCCUUGGGUUAUUCGUAAGCAUUUCAAAUGGACUGUGAAAAGGGAGGCUUACAGACUUCGUGAAUCUAAUGCACAGAAACUGUUUUCUUUUAUGUGUGCAUGGGGAGUGGACCUGCACACCUCAUUUAAAAAGCCACUUGAAUAACACAUAUGCCUUUUGCAUUGAUUCUUUGUUACUUGAUCUAAUAAAAUCUAGUGACAACUUUCCUCUGGCUCAAUGUGUCUUUCUGCCUAGCAUGGGAUAUCCCUUCACUUUCGAAUCUCCAUCCAUGAAGAACAGAGCAAAAAUACCACAGUGAGGCUAUGACUCUUUUACCUUAAUUGCUGAGCCCUGUGUUCUAGACUAGCUCCUGCUCCUCCUCUCUUUUAACUUAUGUGAGCUGCUUUGGGAGACAGUAAUUAUCUGGAAAGCGGAAUAAAACAAUUACACAGUUUACUGGCGUUUUGGCAGCAUGAUCACAACCCUGCUUUCCCAGGGGCAAAUCUCUGUGUGUUCAUUGGGAUUUCCUCCCCAGAUCAUUUGCCUGGGAAUUUCAGAGUGUUCUGUUGCUUUUGCCCUAUGAGCAAUCCUGGGAAGCAGAUUUACUGUUGUUCAGCAUUUUACAGAUGGAAAAUUCUAAUAUAGAGAGUCUGAUCUGAUAACACCAGUUAGCAACUUACAUUUAGAAACUGCUCACGGGUGCAGUCUACUUGCACAGCUAGUGUGCCACCCAAGUGGUGAACUUCUGCAGGGUUGCAGCUUUGAAGAUCUACUGUCCGCAUGAGUAGAUUACUCCUGUGAGCAUAUAUUUUUUAGCACAAGAUAGGAUGUUGGCCUUCCAGUGGAAACAAGUCCAUGCAUGACCCAAGGUCACAAAAUGAGUUUUAUAGUAGAAGUGGGGACAUAAAAUUAAAUGGAAAAGGCUAAGAAUUGCAAAUGAGUAUGUGGUUAUUCUAUUAACCCUGGGUAGAGUAAGGCUACUCUAAACAGCCAUGACUUCCUCCAAAGACUUCUUGAAACUGAGAGUCGUUUGUGGACCCCUAUUCCUGUCCCAGAGCUACAGUUCCCAGAGGUCCCUGUCACUAUGGAUCGAUUGCGGGUUAAUCCACUUUGGCAGUUGGGAAGCCAUGACUGUUUUUAAACUUUUAUCAUAGUACUUUAAGGUGGAAUGUGGCCCGAGUCUAACUCCAAGGCUGGCCCAAGACAUGUUGCUUCCUGAGGCAAUGGGCAAAAUAACCCAUACACAUGCUCUUUCCACCUCUAGUAGCCAAAUGAGCUGGCCACUGAAUCCUAGGUAAAAACGAAAGGUAAAGGACCCCUGGACGGUUAAGUCCAGUCAAAGGCGACUGUGGAGUUGCAGCGCUCAUCUCGCUUUCAGGCCGAGGGAGCUGGCGUUUUUCCACAGACAGCUUUCUGGGUCAUGUGGCCAGCAUGACUAAACCACUUCUGGCGCAAUGGAAUACCAUGAUGGAAACCAGAGCUCAUGGAAACACUGUUUACCUUCCUGCCGCAGUAGUACCUAUUUAUCUACUUGCACUGGCGUGCUUUCAAACUCCUAGGUUGGCAGGAGCUGGGACAGAGCAAUGAGCUCACUCCAUUGAGGGGAUUCAAACUGCCGACCUUCCAGUUGGCAAGCUCAAGAGGCUCAAGCGGUUUAGACCACAGCGCCACCCGCAUCCACUGAAUCCUACUUCAAUACUAACAACAGGGCAAAGCACAGACCCUAAGGCAGUUACAAAGGGAGAGGGCAAGAUGCACAACACACAACUCUCUUCUCCAACAGAAGGAAUGGUUGGGGAGCUCAGGAAGAAGAGCUAUGUGGCACCACUGCCUUCUCGCAUAAGCUGCCAGAAGCAGUCACCUCACCCUGCCUAAUGACAGGACCAGCCCUGCUAGGGUCAAACGACCUACUUGGCAAUUAAGAAGCUCUUUGGGUGCAAGCCACUGUCUUGCCCACUGUAACAAAAUUGCAAAGUAGCUGUGAGGAUAAACUGAGAUGGCUCUAUUUAUGCUACCCUGAGCUGAUUGGAGGAAGGGCUGGUUGCAAAAGGAAUAGAUGGCGGAAUUUCUCCCAGUGGAUACCACAGCAAGGCCUGGGUUCUGUUCUGCCUUUCCGUGCCUCUGCACCUUUGGCUUCACGUGGCUCCACAGUGUCUUGCAACUCGUCCAAUCCUGCGGUCUCGCUUCUUGAAGAUACGAAAAACAAACCUACUUUUCAUUCCAUAUCAACACGGAGCCAACAUACAAUACACUAUUUCAUACUCUGCAGUUUGUUUUAAAGGCCUUAAGCUAUGGCGGAAGGGGGAGAAUCUCACAUGAUCACUGCUUAUGAUGUGCAAAUGAUAUUUAAAGAGAAUUCAUAUAACUUCUUUGCCUUCCCACCCACCAAGCAGAGUUCCUUUACUACUUGGACUUAGGUCUGCCCCAUCCAUUUUCUCUCCAUCUUCUGUUUUAGCUUUGGUUUUUAUUGCGUUUCAAUAUGCUGGUCUUGAGCCUGUCUUAGCAUUUACAACACGUUGCAAGAAAGAGAGAGAGAUGAAUUUCUGGUACAAAGUUUGCAGCUGCUGUUGUCAUAUAGAAGAAGAACUGGAGAAGAAUCCAUUGGUGGUUGGGUAUGUGUUACAAAUCAGCUUUUUCAUUUAGCAAGCCCCGAGCUUCUGCCAAAUUUAUAAUAAGCAAUGGCAGACAACGGCAUAAAUUAAGGUAAGUGUGUUCUGCUUUCAAAGUGAUGCUGUACAGAAGCUGGCAGUUCUGGAAGCCAUCUCUCUGGAGGUGGGAAGUACAGAAUAUUGCUGUUUAGGGCCCCAGUUGGCCAGACAACCCCACCCUUUCCCAGGAUAUUCCAUUUCAUCCCCACUCCCAACAACCAGAUGGCAUUUCCUUCCUCCAUUAGAGUUCUGUGUCUAAAUAUUUCAGUUCUACUUUUGCAAAUCUUAGCAUUCCCCCAAGCCUGCUGAAAACCUCCUCUUCCUCUAAUGGUGUUUUGGUUAUGUAACUUACAGGAUUCAUCAUGAAAGGAUUCCGCCUUUCUUGCUUUCACAGUUUAGCUACUGUUUCAAUGUACAGUGCUUUGUUUGAGUCACUAUCUUUGUGUGUGCCUUCACAAAAGCCCUCUUGAAUUAUAUGCACACUUUAAUUCUAGGGCUGCAACAUUAAAUGCUUCCAUUAAUCAGCUUUUAAUUAAUUGGUCUACUUUAAUUGAGGGUGACUUUUUAGUCUGAAAAAUUAUUGUGAAUAAAUGUACGUAAAGGUAAAGGGACCCCUGACCAUUAGGUCCAGUCGUGGCCAAAUCUGGGGUUGCGGCGCUCAUCUCGCUUUAUUGGCCGAGGGAGCCAGCGUACAGCUUCCGGGUCAUGUGGCCAGCAUGACUAAGCCGCUUCUGGCAAACCAGAGCAGCGCAUGGAAACACCGUUUACCUUCCCACCAGAGCAGUACCUAUUUAUUGACUUGCACUUGACGUGACCUUCUGAUCGGCAAGUCCUAGGCUCUGUGUAUGUAUGUAGCAAGGCUCAAAUCCAAGGUUUCCAGUCGCAACCUGGUAUCUACCAGGCUAAAGAGAUGCACUGCGCUCGCCGCAGUGGUAAACCUGUGCCCAGGCUGUACUGCUUUGGACUGAAGUUGCAGGAAUCACAACAUGAAAGAAAUGUUUCUAUGCAUGAAAACAAUUAGCUUGUCAGGGAGAAGACUAUGCCUCUCCCUCAAUAUGCUAGCUGUCUCUGUGCAGGGACUGUUUUUGUACAGAGAACAGACCCUCCAAGUGACCCAUUAUUCAUGGACAAUCUUGGAUUUACAGAAGCUGUCCUGGUUUCUGAUUUGAUCCCGGAAUGUCCUGCUUUUCCAUAGAACGUUCCUAUUUUCAUUGGAGAAAUGUUGGAGGGUAUGGAAUAGAAUGUUCCUGGGGCUUUUUUUCAGCUGGAACUUGCCAGCACCUCUCAGGUGGACGCCAUUGCAGUCUAAGAGAACGAGGGAGGUGUUCAUGGUGAGUUCCAGCACCUCUUUUCCUAGAAAAAUAACACUGGACUUCCCUAUUUUUGUUGGAGAAAUGGAGGAAGUUGUGAGAAGCAUUUGCCCAUGUGAGCUCCCACUUUCAAUCCCAAGUGAUAAAGCCCAGAUACCAGAUACAGUACCUAGGAAGCUGCCUUCUGUUGAUCCAGACCAUUGCUCCAUGUAGCACAGUAUGGCUGACAAUGACCAGCAAAGGUUCUCCAGGGUUUCAGACAGGGGACAAUCACAGAUGUCAGAGAUUGAGCAUGUGCUCUACCACUGAGUUACUUGGUGAGAAGUAGACCUAGGAGUCCUGUCUCGGUUUGAAGAGCAGCCAUUGUGAUGCUGUUUGUUUGUUUGUAACCUUUCUGUUGCAGCGACACGCUUCAGUAUUUCAACAAGUUGCAGAAACGACGGGAAUUAGAGGCUGUCAACUUGUGGAAUGAACCAGUGGACAAGACUCACGUGGAACGGGAUGAUGAUCAUAAACUCCACAUGUUGCUGGAGAAAAGGUCAAAAACACGCCGGGGAUCAGAGGUAUGUUGUCCUCGCGCACGGAAUAUUUUUGUUUGGGGGAGAAUUUAAUUGCAAGACAUUUGCCCACGUACAGUCUGAUAUGGUUGGUUCAUCUGGAGGAAUAAGUACCAGACAAGGAUGUCCACAGACAAGAAUUAUUGUGUAUGUGUGCCCACAAACACAGUGAUGCAUUGAUGUAAGCAUUAAAAUAAUAUAAACCGGUUUCUAGUUUCUGUCACACUCUAGUGUGACCCACAAAUAAAAACCAGCAUAGGGCUAUGCAGGUGGGGUUGGGUAAUGGCUUCCAUUGAGUGAUGCAACAUAGAUGCAAUCUGCAUGGGUGGCAUGACCUUUAGGAACAGGGGCCUCAGUGGGGUGCAGUGUGUUAAUGCACAUGUAGUUGCACACACAAAGCAGCCCUUUAGAGAUCCCUGUAAUAUAUAGGCCUUUCUCCACACAUACUUUACAUGAUGGUGGGCAUUUUGCUGAAAAACGUAGCUUAGUGGUUCAUUCUUUUGAUGGUCUCCUUUAUCCUGACAAAGGAAUACCGACGCUUGAGCUUUGACAUCAUCGCUCACCGGCAGAUCCGUCGGAAGAUGAAGGACCGAUGGAAGCAAAUCCUAGAAGUCUUGGGUACGGUGUCCUUGGGGGAUUUCCACCACAGACCAAACUGGAGAGUGUUAGGAGAGCUAUUAUCCUUACUCACUUUCAUUUCUCUCAAGUUUGGUUUUAGUGUUCCACAACUAAAAACUACUAGAGUCUUCUCCCUGUUGACUUUGGAGGAGUGAAGACUAUUAUUUACCUAUCCUUGGCCACUGUGAGAGCAGGAUACUGGGUUCCAUUCCUAUCCAACAGGGCUGCUCUUGUUAUUAUUUAUUGAGUUGGUUUUGGGACUAGAUAUGGGCAUAAAUGAUCUCUUCCCAAUGUAGGAUUCAAAGCUGAAGCAGAUGGGCUCCUCACUGUCACGUCCAGCACCUCAUAUGAAUCCCUUCGCAAUCCUCAAGAGGCCCGCAGGAUCCACACUGCCCUGGCCGAGCAGACAACCAUUUUUGGCUGGCAUCGUGGUGGUCCACCGGAGAGAUACCUCUUUGUCAUUGUAAGUAGAGGAAGGAUUUGGUAGAAACUUCUGUUGGGGCAUGUGCUUGUCUGCGCAGUACAUCACCGCAGGGACAGAAGCUGUGGGCCUAACCCACAGCGGCAUAGAAGCCACCAUGGAGGUAGGAGCAGCAAGCAAGCUCCUCCUGAUUGUGGUUUUCAAAUAACUGCUUCCAGUGUCAUGAAGCCUCUGUGAGUCGACUCCUUCUAAUGUGCUGAUUGGCCUUACGAAUCCUUUAAUAUCUUGCCACCCUCUCCCAAAUAUUUUUUCCUUUGUCCUCCAAGUUAAGGGUGACGUUUCCCCUCCUCCUAGUGUUGGGAGUGUGAUGCCAAGUUUUCCGUUCAACAUAGAGGGUGAUGCCUUUAGGACAAAGCAAUCCUUUUGAAAUUCUCCUCCUUCUGCAGGUAGACUUGUUAAUGACUAAAAAUACGUGGCGUUUGCUUGGUUAGUCAGUUCUCUUGCUUUGAGGGAGAAGGAUCUCAGUUUAAUCUUUUCCUUUGUCUGGAACAGGACUUUGGUUGAUUUCACUGGCAUACUAUGCCCUUUUAAAAUGUGGGGUUUUUGGGGGGUUAUAGGUUGUUUUAAUUUUGAUUAUAUAUUUUGUGGUUUUAUAUUUUGAUUUUGUUUUAUGAACCACCCUGAAACCUCUGGGUAUAGGGCAGUAUAUUAAUGAUGAUGAUGAUGAUGAUGAUGGGAAGAAGAAUGUUUUGUUCUUUAUUUGCAAUAAUUAAAUAAAGGGUGUGCCAGCUCCAGUCGUCUUCUUCUUCUUCUUCUUCGGCCAAAUAGUUUGUUGGGAACUAUUUUCUACAACAAAGGGUGGAUGUCUCCUAAGCUAGAAAACAGUCAGAGCAGAACAACAAUAAAUCACUUUAUCUCCGUUUCCCCCUUUUGAAUGCUUUUAGACUCAGACUUCCUUUAAUAAAUCUAAUUUACAUUUUAUUACCAGAUACUUGUAUCUUUGUAGUUAAUUACAUACUCCAACCCUACCCAUUCAGUAUUAGGCCUGUGCUACUAAGAACCUGGGAAUCUCCCUCGUGACAGAGGCUCCUUGAAGUACUUUGGCCCCUGCCCCAAACAGGGACCAUUUCUUCAGUUUGUUUUAUAUGUGUUUCCCACACAUCCUCUGUCUUUUAAAAGCGGGGUGGAGGCAGUUGGCAACAAUUACUUUUUUGUUUGCUUAAAGAUUUGGGGGAUCCCUGACCCCUCUGGUUACCCAAGGAUUGCCACUCUCCCUCCUUCCAUUAUUUUACCUCACAAUUACCGUGAGGUAAAAUAUAAUUGAAUCCGAUAUUUACUCCUGGCUUGGUGUGGGCAUCAUUUUUAAAUUUUCUACUUCAGGUGUCUUAGACCAGCUCUAUUGUGGGGUCUCAGUGGACCCCAACACUAUCACCUUUUUUCUUUAUUUUUGUCACCUUUCCUCCCCUAGGACAGGCUGCUUCUCCUUGAUGUGGGAGAUGAAUUCCUGUCAGCGGCUCGGCACUUCUACCCCGUGGAGGAUGAAGAGGACGAUGGCUCUUCCAGUGAUGGAGGACCUACAACACCUGGUCCUGUCUUGGUCACAAUGAGCAACGAAGCUCAGGAAGAGAUGGAGGAGGGCGUAGACGGGGAAUAA